AAUUUGUGGUGGUAUUCGAGAAAUGGUGAAGAAAUUCUUUGGAAAUUAUUGGCAUCACCAAUCGUAUACAACAGUUCGAUAACACGACGUUUCGGUCACCAGAUAGUAAGAUCCUCUUCAAGAGAAAGUAAAUGAAAAUUAACGAGAAUAUUAAGUUCCAUGUUUAUUUACAGUAUUCGAAUGCCCAUAAAAUAUUUGAAUACCGAAUCAUUCGGCAGUUCCAUCCUUAAUCCGUGCACGGUCGACGAGAAAAGGACACGUGGUCGAGAAAUUGCUCACUUAGCGAAACUUUAAUGGUCAUUGGUUAACCAGCGCGGCCAGUAACAACGUCCUCGUUGAAAGAUAUUAGACCGACCGAUACAUACAGGAAGAAACUCGGAACACGAUGUGUUUAUCGGGUAAAUUCGUGCCAGGCUGAAAUAACCGCGGUCGUACGGUCGGCCGAAUCGACGCGUCAUUUAGAAAAAAAAAAAAAAAGAAAGAAAAGGACAAUUGUCGCUGCAACCUAAAAAGCUCGAUCGUAGACUUUAGUCUGGGUUAACGACGACGACGCACGGCCAAUUUUCGUAACGUUCGUUCGCUUGCUCGUGUUUGUAACGUCGUUGAAAAGAGCGGAAAAGGGAGAGGGAAGAAAAGGGAAGCAGAGGGAGAAAGAGCACUGUGGAAAGCAACGACGGUCAAUGGUGAUGGCCGCGGUGCAGCUAAAUAGUCAGUCAGUCAGUCAGUCAGUCUCGAGACACCGUGGUUCGAGCAUCGUUUGGAGGCCGGCCGGACUGCGUGUGGCUCGCUGAAGCCAGUUUCUUGCUUUCGUCGUCGUCGCGAUCGCGUAGCCUCAGUUAGUCGUACGCGAGAUCGCGAGUGUGUGGUCCGAUAAAUCGAACAAGAAUCGCGUUUGGUGAACACCUACUCCGAAAAACGAGAUGCCCUCUCGCUGCUAACCCGAGGACGGAGUCGAUGGUCUACGCAGUUGUUACUCCAAAAGUCGCGAUCGUCUCUUUUCGUCCGACUUCCCACGCGCUGUUAUUCUCAUAAUGCGAUGAGAGGAUUUGCACGUGUGUACGCUAACGUGAACGCAGCGCUGCGAACAAGUCGGAUCGUUUGAACGAAAAAUUGACCGUGACAAGACUGAAAAGAGAGGAUAGAGUGCCUUAAUAACUCCGUACGAGUCGAGAUUCAGCGAUCGAAACUGUGAAAAAAUCGCGAUAAAAGAUGAAGCUUGAGGGAAAUUGUUCGCAAGAAGAUAACACCAAUGAAAUUUUAUUGCAACCUAGGAACAGUUCGGGGACUAGGUUGCAAAUCAUGCCAGCGCAACCAAAAACGAUCACGCAUCUGCCGAAACGGCCACCGGUUGAUCUGGCAUUCACCGACCUGACGUACAAGGUCCGAGAAGGACGGAAGAAUAAUGUGAAGACAAUUCUAAGGUCCGUCAGCGGAAGGCUGCGAUCUGGAGAACUAACAGCUAUUAUGGGACCUUCCGGUGCAGGAAAGUCUACUCUUUUGAACAUCCUUACCGGAUACAAGUCGAUGGGUGUGGAAGGAAGUAUCACGAUGAACGGGCACGAAAGGAACCUCAGUGCCUUCAGAAAGCUCUCUUGCUACAUCAUGCAAGACAAUCAGCUUCAUGCGAAUUUAACCGUGGCCGAAGCAAUGAAAGUCGCCUCGAACCUUAAACUCGGUUCCCAUACCUCUAAAGCAGACAAAGAGGAAGUGAUCCAGGAGAUUCUUGAAACGCUUGGCCUAUCCGAGCAUAUUCGGACCAUGACCUCGAAUUUGAGCGGAGGUCAGAAGAAGAGACUUUCCAUUGCUCUCGAAUUAGUCAAUAAUCCUCCUAUAAUGUUCUUCGACGAACCUACCAGUGGUUUGGACUCAUCGUCUUGCUUUCAAUGUAUCUCGCUUCUAAAGACCUUGGCCCGAGGAGGAAGGACAAUAAUUUGCACCAUUCAUCAACCCAGCGCAAGGCUCUUUGAAAUGUUCGACGCCUUGUACACGCUGGCCGAGGGACAAUGCGUUUAUCAGGGAUCUACGUCGCAAUUGGUGCCUUUCCUUAGAAACAUAGGACUCAACUGUCCGAGUUAUCACAAUCCGGCCUCUUUCAUCAUCGAAGUGUCCUGCGGAGAAUACGGAGAUAAUAUCAAAAACCUCGUAAACGCUAUAAAGAAUGGAAAGUAUGAUAUUCGCGAAGGACAUCCGUUCCCUGAAAACAAUUCGGAGGGUCUCAACAACGGGAUCACCGAGUCGCUUCAAAAAGGCAUCGCCGACGGUGGGGAAAACGCCGCAAUAGGAGAUAAAAACGACGUGAAGAAUUUGAAAGAGAAGUUUCUAGAAAGUAAACAGGAAGAUGCAGACAGUAAAGCAGUAAUUACAUCCUACGUGGCGAACGAUAUCGCGAAACAAGCUGACGUAGUGAUAUCAAUGGAUCUGGACAAAAAGGAUAACGCCGACGUAGCCCUGCUCGAUGAUUCGAUCAUUGUCACCCCAGAAAGAUAUCCUACGUCAGAGCUUCAACAGUUCUGGAUCAUUUUGAAGAGGACUUUACUCUUCAGUCGUAGAGAUUGGACUCUUAUGUAUCUUCGACUGUUUGCUCAUAUUCUGGUGGGAAUGCUGAUCGGCGCUCUUUACUAUGACAUUGGAAACGACGGCGCUAAAGUACUUAGCAAUCUUGGGUUCCUCUUCUUUAACAUGCUGUUUCUCAUGUAUACGUCCAUGACCAUUACGAUUUUGUCUUUUCCACUAGAGUUACCGGUACUUUUAAAAGAAAACUUUAACAGGUGGUAUUCACUCAAGGCCUACUAUUUAGCAAUCACGGUAUCUGACAUACCGUUUCAGGCGAUAUUUUGCGUACUCUAUGUCACGAUUGUCUAUUUCUUGACGAGUCAACCAGCGGAUACCAUGCGGUUCAGCAUGUUCAUAGGGACGUGUUUAUUAAUUUCAUUCGUCGCCCAAUCGGUGGGACUCGUCGUUGGAGCUGCCAUGAACGUGCAGAACGGCGUAUUUUUGGCGCCUGUGAUGUCUGUACCGUUCCUCUUAUUCUCAGGCUUCUUUGUCAGUUUCGACGCCAUUCCUGUAUAUCUCAGAUGGAUCACUUAUCUGAGUUACAUCAGAUACGGGUUCGAGGGAACUGCGUUGGCUACUUACUCCUUCGGGCGGGAAAAACUCAAGUGUUUCCAGGUCUACUGCCAUUUCAAAAAUCCGGAAACAACCUUGGAGGAGCUGGAUAUGCUCGACGCCGAUUUUACUCUUGAUAUUCUUGCCUUGCUUUUGAUAUUCCUUGUUCUUCGAAUUGCGGCCUAUCUGUUCCUCCGUUGGAAACUUAAGACUGCGCGAUAAAACGUCGCGCGAAAUUAUUAAAAAUCGAACAAAGUUCAAACGUACAAUUCGUAAACCAAUGCCGCGACAACGUACUCGUUUUACCGUCGCGGAGACCAGCGAUCGACAAUUCAUCGAUUGUCGAACAAAUUGCUUAUCCCUGAAAGGGCGGAGAUUAUUGCCGUUCAUACUUGUAAUUAUUACGCGUCGAAUUCGUAAGGUCUAAACUAACGUAAUUUAUUCGUUUUUAUUAGUUUUACAACGUUAAAACUACUACUCUGUAGCAACUAACGCGACAUUACUUGUUCAGGGUACUAUCACGUCUUUUUUUAUUUGUUUCGUUACACGGUAGCACAAUUUUCUAGUAUGCACGUAAGUAUGCACGUUGAUCUCGAGUCGAGUGCAAGAGUGUGCAUGUAUUUGUUUAUGUUGUUUAUAUGUGGUGCGUGUGCGAUAUAUGUAUAUAUAUAUAUAUAUAUAUAUAUAUAUGUAUGUAUAUAUAUAUAUGUGUAUGUGUGUCUGUGGGAGUGUAUCAGUGCUCUUCAGCGGGAUAAGCAAGAAAAAGAGGGAUUCGAGAAAUCCCGAGCCAAAUGGAGCAGAUUGUCGAACAACAUCAAAAGCUCUGCAACUUUAUUCUCUGAAAGGAAUAAGAGGCCUUAAUUGACAACGUUUCGCGAGUGAACACAUUUCUCUUUUUAUCCACCAAGUGGCUGUGACUUUGACGAUGCAGAAGAGUUACGAAUGAUAAAUGCGACACGACUUGUGUUUAGAAUUUCAGCGCGAUCUUGCCAGGUUUACCGUGUAUCUCGAAUUUUCAAAUUUUUUACGAGAUCUUGCCGAUUUCAAUGUUCGCGCGUACGGCAGGAACUUACGAUUCGCAGUAAGUCCAUCGAAACUUUAUGUUCGUCGUAACUCUUCCAAUUAACGUGUCUCUUAUACGUAGAGUGUAUAUUGUACUAAUCAAUUUGUAUUUUGUAAGCGAGCCUACUUUUGUAACAAAAAAAAAUGUGAGUCACAUAGCAAAGUGCGCUGGGAGCGGAGUACUCCAACAGCUUUAAAGAAACAAAUUUAUAGACGGUACUUGCUCUCACUCGCAUCCAAGAAACGGAGUGUUACACUUUCUACCAUUCUUGGUAUACAUAUGUACCUUUAGCGACGAACACGACUUCACUUCGUAUAUACACGUUUAAAAAUAUGGCUUCGUUUGUAAAUGUUUUCGAAUUGCUAAACUAAUUCGAUCGGAAUGGUAUCGACUUGUAUUGGUAUUUUGUGUAUACCAAUUGUUACUGACCUACGAUUCGUAGGUACUGUCAUACGCCCUACUGGUGGAGUAUACGUAAUACCUUUCUUUACAAUUACUUCGUCUUUAGAAGAUUGUAUGUCUGUUUCCACGGUCGAAUUAAGGGGUUUUAAGGCCUGAAGUUGGGUAACUAUCGGAAAUUAUCUUGAUAAGAAAAUCAAGGAGAAAUUUAUAGUGCCGGAGAAUAUUCUUUAUUUCUUUGGAGAUUUUAUAUAAAUUAUUUAAAAAAUUAAUUUAAUACUUAAGAAAAUGAGAUUCUUCGCAGAGAUUCUUAAGCACCCCCUUAAUCCGUGCCAGUCUGUUUAAUUUUUUUAGGUUUCGUUAUCUUGAGAAACAAACUUAUUAACGUUAUUUCCUAUUAUCGUUAUUGUUUAUAUAUAUACAUAUAUAUAUAUAGAUAUUUAGAUAUAUAUGUAUAUAGAUAUAAUUUAGUAUGCUUGAGCAAACGUAUAUGAAAGUUUACACGAAGCUCGAUACAAUUUUUAAUACCGGGGUUCAACACAGACUUCGACAAUUUAUUUUUGGAAAUUAAACUCGUGAACCAUUGAACAAUGAUAUGUAUGAAAAAAAUGUUCAAUCGUUUCGUCUCCGUUUUAUAUAAAACUAACUUGACAGAUGUACUUUACCAAGAAAUAUGUUUGUAUCUAUUUACACGGGAUAAAUUAUACAUGUUUAUAUGUAUGUAAAAGAUUAGCGUGAUAGAUUCCGAUCAAUAUACAUAUACUUUUGUAAAGCAUCGUGUACACCGGUGCACGUGUCUGUGCUGGAUUGGCAUAAUCUUCGUUGUAUUUUACAGCAUACGUUUCUUACGAAUAAAACUAUGCCUUUCAUAAA